AUGAAGACCAACUUCCUGGCUUUGAUUGGCCUCUUGGCCAUACCGUCAUCCGGCGAGAUCAUGGACCCCCUCCCCGAAGCCGCGAGCCGAAAAGAGCUUCGUUUCCAACCCUACCUCGACUUCGACAUGGACGGAUGCUAUAACACAGCAGCAAUCAACGAGGAUGGUCGCAUUAACAGUGGACUCAAGAAGGGCUUCUCGGUUCACGAGUACUGCCGCGAUAAGCAGCAUCUCCUCCACAGCAAUGCUUACUCCCGCAAGCGAUGCAAUCACGGCUACUGUGCCAUCAUGUACGACUACUACUUUGAGAAGGAUCAAGCUGCCGCCUUGAGUGGACAUAGACAUGAUUGGGAGAACAUUGUCGUUUUUCUCAAAGGUGACAAGGUUGUCCGCGUCGCUGCGACCGAAGAACACAAGAAAUACAGGUACUCAAGAGACUGUAUGCGCGAUGAGUUCUGUGAUAUCCCAUCGAACGGAAGACAUCCCAAGAUAGUCUACCACAAAGUCCGCGGAGACCUCCACAGCUUCCGCUUCGCCAAGAUCGAGGACGGCGAAACCGAGCUUGAGGAACCUGAAAACCCACUUGGCCGCUGGUUCAAAAGUCCACUCGUGGGAUGGGAUUACUGGCCAAGUGACGAGUUGCGAGACACCCUGGUUAAUUGGCCUGACCAGAUGGUCAAGCCCAGUAUUGGCGACAAGAAGUUCGGUAGGGCGCUUGAGAAGGCUGCUGGUAGUGGCAGGAUGGUUCCAGGCUUUGAUCCUUACCAGGAGAAGGAUGAUGAGGAUGAGGAUGAGGACUAG